AUGCUGCUCAGAGGAUUACGAGCUUGUGCUGAGUCUACCUCGAAGCCGCGCACGACAAACUUGGAUCGAAUUUCGAAGACCACCAAGGAGUUGUUGGAAAGAAGGAGGACUUUGAGGCUUGAUCCAAAUGCAUCGCACAUUGAGCGGUUAGUAGCAAACACAAGCUGCAGAAAAGCGUUGCAGGAGGAUAUUUCGAAAUACAGGCAGAAGAAGAUUCUGGAAGCAGCACGAAGAAGAAUGAGUCUAAAGAAGUGCCGCAGGGAUCUCCGCGAAUAUAAUAUUCCGCUAGCAACCUUGCUGAGCGAAGACGAGACUCGCACAUCUUCUCGUCAUGGAAAUCAUUACGGAGAGGUUCUACUCGAACCUUUUCCGUUCAUCAACUCCUGUAUCAAGCCCGAUCAUCCCCACUGGUGA